CUGUCAGCACUCACUCAACAGGCUCUAAGCUUUCUGGUACAACACACAAAAUCCAAAACUUCUGGUCGAGAACAGGAUACUUUUCUUCAUUCUACAAAGAAAAGGCAUCAGUAAGUGAGCAGGAUUGUUUCUACAUUUUUUGAAUACAGAAAUCUGCAGAUAUAACUCAACAAAGCUAGAAAAGAGUCAGGUAGAGCAGCUAAACCUAAAAUCUGCAAAAAUGCAAGCCGUUCGUCAGUGUUCAGCGUGUGCAAGACAUGCGGCUGGAGGACUGGUUCGAAAUCAAGAUGUUUCCUUGUUGCAAAAGAGAGGUGCAGCCUGCAUCCGCUACCUCAGCACAUCUGAGAAUAGGAAGUCUGGUGCCCAGAAACCUGGAGAUCUGACAAACCCCACACACUUAUGCCUGGCCUCAUUAAGUGUCGGCCACGGACUUUGGCAGGUGGAGGAUCUUUCACAUAACUCUCUGAUCAGGAGAGCUGCAUCCGUACUGUCAGACAGCUCGAGUACCUUCCUCUCUCAGGCCACAUUGGCUCUCACAGAUGCGUUGAAUGACUACGCAAAGGCGGUGCACUCACGCAUCACUUUCCAAAAGAAAUAUCUAGCGUCACUAGGCAAGAUGAGCCCAUCAGAGGAGGAAUCCCUCCGGCGGGCGAUCAGUGGCUGGCGUGCAGAGGCUGCUGAGAGACUGAAUGAAUGCAAGCAUUACGAGUCUACCUGGAUCAAUGCUAUCAACCUCUCCAAAAUGUCAGCGGAGGCAGCGUACUCCUCAGGAGCCCAUCAGGCAUCCAUCCUGGUCCAAACAAACAUUCAGGUGGCCGAGUCGCAGGUGGAGGAGGCACGGAAACUGUCAGCAGAGGCCGAUAAGAAGCUGGCCGAGACUAAAGUGGAAGAGAUCCAGAGAAUGGCCGAAUACGCUGCUUUUCUAGAGGGCAGUGAGGAUCAUGAGGUGCACGAGGCUUAUCUACGGGAGGACUGAGUCAAGCACAGCAGGAAGCAUGUCAAAGUGCAAUUGAUUUCCUUUGGAAACUGAUCUACUGACAGUGUUUGUUUUUUCUCCACUUUGACUUCCAUUUGAAGUCUGUCGCAUUUGAAAUAUUAAACAUAUUUAUAUUAACAGGAAAAAUAUCUAAUUUUCAAAAGGGAAAUAACUGAACAGCACUUUGGGGGAGUAUUAGCCACUGUAUCACCUUUUAACUCUAUUUAUUUGAUCAGUGAAUGUUCCACAAUUAAAAUUGUCAGUGAAUAUUGAGAAAGAUGAGCUCUUCUCUAUGAGUUGUAUGAGAAAAACAACAAAAGCUGAUGUUUCACUGUAACAAGCAUGUUUUCUUAUUAUUAUAUUUAGCAUUUUUGUUAUGUCUGAAAAAGAAAUAAAAUAAGUGAAAAAAAACUUG